AUGCAGCAAUCUACUUGGACGACGGACAGCAAAGCCAUCCACAGCGGUGCCAUUCAAUUGGUUACGGCUGGUGGCAUCAACGUCGCGUCCUCGUUGGACAUCAAGGCGAGCGACGGGGGUGUCGUAGCUGUCCAGGGAGAGCUCGCUGUCACCAGCGACACGAUCAAGGUCACUGCCGCGGACAAUGGAGCCAUCUACGUGACCUCGACCACAGACCAAAUUGUAACCGUGCGCCAAGUCGCUUCGGCCACGGACAAGGGUAAUGUAAACUUGUACCCGCGAGGGGUUUGUAACACCAGCAAGGUCCGCGUCACUGAGCUCAGUCACGCCAACGUGGGGUCGAUGGCGUGCCAGUCAGUGUCCGUGGAGGCCACCGAGGGUGGAGCUGCAGUGGUGCAGGCAGUGGCAUCGCUCACGGCCAACGCGGUCGAGGGUGGUCGCGUCCAGUAUUUCAACUCGACAGCAGGGUUAGGGCUCCAGUUCAAGUCCAGCAACGUAUGGCCAGUGAGUCAGAAUGAGUUCACCACGUUUGCAUUUCGUCCUGUACCUAGCCAGGACGCAUUGACGAUCGACUUGCAUGGAUUUGGCUGGGGAGCGAGGUUCCAACCCCCGAAUGUGGUUAGUUUUUUAGCCGUUCCCUCAACCGAUGCGACGAUGAGGUUCGCGGUGAUGUGUGUGGUGUUGUUUCUGGCUUGCGUCUUCUGUCGACCUCCCAAAAGCAAAGAAAAGGAACCGCUCGCGAGCUCGAGCUACCCCCAAUAUCAAUAUUGUGACUAUCAAUUUGAGCCAUGGCGCCACAGCUGA